AUGGCUCGCGCAACGGCUUCCGUCCAGAGCGCCUUGCUGUACAAGGGUGCAAUUCCCGGGUCGCCCUCCAAGAUGCUCGCCCAGUCCAGCUCGCUGGCUGCAGACUCGGCUAUCUACGACCUUGAGGAUUCCAUGGCACUGGUCACGAAACACAUUGCCGAGGAGGCGCUACAUCCGACCGACGAGAGGAGGGUCCCAAAAAACCAGGUUUCUAUGCGCCAUAAACGCCGUGGGUCAUCUCAAGCGUAA